CGAGCCCGCUCCUCUACUUCCUCUGUUCCUGCCUCGCGCCGCCCUCAGCAGCCCGCCCUCCUCGGCCGGGCGCCCGGAGGCUGUUUUUCCAUUCGCUGGCGAGAAAGUUCCAUGCCACUGUUUCUUUCUCUAUUUUUCUGGAGUUAAAUUUGUCCGCAGAUGCCUGCACUUCGUCUGUAGACGCCCGGAGUUAAGUUUGUUUGUAACCGGGCCCAAAGCCCUGUUGCUUUCGAACGCAAAAGCAGAGGCGCCAGUGAACCCCCCGCUGGGAGGCCACUUUGCCUCGCAGCCCCGAGUCUGUCCAGGGUCUGCGGUGCCCAGGAAGCCAAGGCCACGGGUGCAUGCAGCCAGCCCCAGGAAGCACCAGUUCAGCCACCGUAGGCGAUAAAAUGGCAUAGUCUCACCAGAAGCCACCCAUUCCAUCGUCCUCUUCUGCCUCCUCUUAAGCACUCCAUCCCUAGCCCGCCGGUCGCCAUGGCGGCCUUGAUUGCAGAGAACUUCCGCUUCCUGUCUCUCUUCUUCAAGAGCAAGGAUGUGAUGAUUUUCAAUGGCUUGGUGGCCCUGGGCACGGUGGGCAGUCAGGAGCUGUUCUCUGUGGUGGCCUUCCACUGUCCCUGCUCACCUGCCCGGAACUACCUGUACGGGCUGACAGCCAUCGGCGUGCCCGCGCUGGCGCUCUUCCUUAUUGGAGUCAUCCUCAACAACCACACUUGGAACCUAGUUGCCGAGUGCCAGUACCGGAGGGCCAAGAACUGCUCGGCGGCCCCCAACUUCCUCCUCCUGAGCUCCAUCCUGGGCCGCGCAGCUGUGGCUCCUGUCACCUGGUCUGUCAUCUCCCUGCUCCGAGGGGAGGCCUACGUCUGUGCUCUCAGUGAGUUUGUGGACCCGUCCUCGCUCACGGCUGGGGAUGAAGGCUUCCCCUCAGCUCAUGCCACGGAGAUCCUAGCCAGGUUCCCUUGUGGAGAGGGCCCUGCCAACCUGUCCGGCUUCCGGGAAGAGGUCAGCCGUAGGCUCAAGUAUGAGUCCCAGCUCUUUGGAUGGCUCCUCAUCGGCGUGGUGGCCAUCCUGGUGUUCCUGACCAAAUGCCUCAAGCACUACUGCUCGCCGCUCAGCUACCGCCAGGAGGCCUACUGGGCACAGUACCGCACCAACGAGGACCAGCUCUUCCAGCGCACGGUGGAGGUACACUCAAGGGUGCUGGCCGCCAACAACGUGCGCCGUUUCUUUGGCUUUGUGGCCCUCAACAAGGAUGAUGAAGAGCUGGUUGCCAAGUUCCCAGUGGAAGGCACACAGCCACGACCACAGUGGAAUGCUAUCACGGGGGUCUAUCUGUACCGUGAGAACCAGGGCCUCCCACUCUACAGUCGCUUACACAAGUGGGCCCAGGGCCUGACCGGUAACGGGACAGCUCCUGACAACGUGGAGAUGGCCCUGCUCCCCGCCUAGGGCCUGCUGCCUUGCUCUCAACCAAACCCGCAUGGCAUGCUCACCUCAGCAUCAGAUUUUCCUGUUAACUACAGUGUCUGGGGCAUAGACCAAGGGGACAUAAAACUACUAGUAGUUUGCAAGGCUCUUGUGGACCACAUGGUCCAGAGACUGGGGGUGAGGGUUUGACUUCUCAGACCUGCUGAAAUCAUCUCCCACGGCCACCAAGGCACAAGUCACAGCUAUAGAUAACUUUCCCAGAGCUGGUCCGUAACUCUGACGUGGGCGAUCUUUCGUGGGCCUGCAGGCUGAGAAGCAUCAGCCGGCGGGGCCUGGUGCCAGUACAGCCCACUGGGGGACUCGCUGUUGUACAGCCCACUCUGUGCAGUUAACUUGUGUCUAUCUGCACAGGGUGCCCAGCUCCUCGGCGUACGGCUAGGAAGCUGCCCCCGUUGUAUACCUCUGGCCUAAUUUUAUAUAUUUAAACUUUUUGAUAAAAGUGUUUCUUACUUUAAAAGGC